AUGGCAGACCUGCCCCCUUUCAGUCUCCGUCUCUUCAAGCCAGCCUUCUCAAUGGGCGUUGAUUGCUUUGGGCCAAUGACAGAUAAGAUUGGUCGACGCACAGAGAAGAGAUGGGGAGUCAUCUUCAAGUGCAUGCCCACAUGUGCCAUACACUUGAAUUUGCUGGAGAGCUUAGACACAGAUGCAUUCCUGAUGGCCUUUCGCCGUUUCACCUCCCUAAGGGAUAAGAUUGGUCGACGCACAGAGAAGAGAUGGGGAGUCAUCUUCAAGUGCAUGCCCACAUGUGCCAUACACUUGAAUUUGCUGGAGAGCUUAGACACAGAUGCAUUCCUGAUGGCCUUUCGCCGUUUCACCUCCCUAAGGGGUAAACCAUAUGAAAUCCUGUCUGACUGCGGGACCAACUUCAAGGGUGCAGAAGCAGAACUCCGAACUGCCUUUUCUUCCAUGGCUCCAGAUCUAAGCCAACAGCUUUCCAAACAAAAGGUGCGAUUCCAGUUUAACUCGCCAAAUGCUCCCCACUUCGGCGGCUCCUGGGAGAGAGAGGUGAAGUCGGUCAAGGCUGGACUCAGAGCUGCUUUGGGAGACCAGUCGGUCACAGAACCAGUACUCCGAACUGUCUUAGCUGAAGUCGAGGGGAUUCUCAACUCAAAACCCUUGGGUUACGUCUCUUCAGAUGCUGCUGACGUUAAUCCGAUUACCCCAAACAUGCUUCUGAUGGGGCGGCUAGAUCCUAACCUUCCACAGGUCAUCUACACCUCCAAAGAAUCCAUGGGAUGA